ACGAUGAAGGUUGCCUUGCCGCGCUGUGAAUUCUACCUGUCAGCCAGUGUCAGGUACAGGGACCUACAAGCCUCAUCAUGAUGGAGCGCAUCAGGCCAGCGUUCCUCUGUUGCAAGGGUACGACGCAGCAGCCAGCGUUCAAGAUUUGUAACGGCAUCUUCGGCAGGGUAAGAGGGGUGUUAUCGGAUCCGCUGAGUCGCACGACGGUGCUCGUCCACGUGGCAUCCAUCCUUGAGUCGGCUGACAUCGUCAUCUUGCCCGCUGUGUUCCUGGAAGUCCGUGGAAGUAUCCACAACAUAUCACCGGCCAAGCUCGGAACAUUCACCUUCCUUCGAUGUCUGGUCGAGGCGUUGUUCUCACCGGUCGCUGGCUACUUAGCUACCAGAUAUAACCGGGUGAACGUGAUCAUCGCAGGCCUGAUGAGCUGGAGCCUCGCUACAGUAGGUGUGGGGAUGAGCGGGUCGUUCGCGGAGAUGGCGGUCUUCCGGGCAUUGAAUGGGAUUGGAUUGUCGUUGGUCGUUCCAUCCAUGCAGUCCAUCUUGGCAGAUGCUUACCCGGAGGAGAAAAGAGGAUGGGGAUUCGGUUUGAAUGCCACCCUUGGAACGGUGGGGGGCUUCGUUACAAGCUCCAUGGUGACACUCACGGCCCAAGCUGUGUUCUUGGGGUUGCCGUGCUGGCGUUUGUCCUUCUUUGUGUUGGCCGUCCUCGGCUGCUCUCUGGCGCUGUGCAUGCAAGCCUUUGCCCGAGAUCCGCGCUGCAUUGUCCACGUCUCAGACUACGACCGGCUCUUGCAUGAGCCUCCCGACAUGGACGUCGAGGAGGUCAGCAAUCCCCCCCUUCCACGUGUCAUCACGGCCGUGGCAACCUAUCCGGCUUCACAGACGACCGAAAGCGAGCGGUUGGUCGGUGGGGACGCUCGGGAGGAGCGUGUCCGUGUGUCAGGAGCAAGACCGGCAGGCAGAGCAGCGGCAGCAGCAGCAGAGGCUGGAGAAUGGGUGGCAGAGACGGUGCAAAGAGGUAACGAUGAAGAAGCAGCACAGAGGCGGACAACAAUGGCAUCUACACCACUACCAUGCACCUUGCCCCCCUCCUCGGACUCCUCCUCCUCCUCCUCCCUCACAACCACCACCAUUACCAGCUCGGCGGCCGCCUACUACUCCAUCAACGGGCCUACAGCCAAGUUUGCCCCCAGCGCACAUUGUCAAGAUGACGACAACACAAAUCAGCACUGGAAGGAGGUCUGGGGCGUCUUGGCGGUCCCUACCUUCAUGGUUAUCAUCGCUCAGGGCGUUUUCGGGACCAUACCGGGUCGCGCUAUGGCUUUGAACACCCUGUAUUACGAGCUGUUGUUCUCUCAUUCCCAAGUUGCUUCCUUGUUGGUCAUUGAAGGACUCGGACGUGCCUUGGGUCAGGUGUUCGGCGGGUGGGUCUGUGACUACAUGAACCGCUGGCUGCCGGAUAGCGGCAGGGCUAUGUGCGCCCAGUUCAGCCUUGGCAUUAAAGGCGGGGGCUUUUUCUUGAUUCUCAGGGUGCUGCCUCGUGACGGCGAUGGGUUCUUUUGGUAUGCUCUGCUCCUUUUCCUUGUCGGGGUGUUGGGUUUGUGGAACGCUCCGGGUGUCAACGACCCCAUCAUGGCAGAGAUCGUUCCCGAACGGCUGCGGACGACCAUCUACGCCUACGACCGGGCAUUCGAGAUAGCCAUCGGGUCCGUCGGAGCCCCCCUUGCUGGGCUGCUUGCUGGGGUGUACGGUUUUGACUCGAGCAAUACGGGGGGCCAGGGCGCAGGGAAGCCACUUGUUGAUGCCAACGCCAAUGCUCUCUCCAAAGGCCUCACCUUGAGCAUCACUGUCCCCUGCGCACUAGCUUGUGUGACGUACAGCCUGCUGUACCUUACGUACCCGGGGGAUAGGGAUCGAAUCAGAGCCUCGGGAUGGGGGGGGCCGGGGGGGAGGAGCAGCAGCCACAUCAGCCGCAGAUUCACCUACUAGUCCGUGUGUAGUGUAGCUUGAGGCCGUUCUCCCAUCCCCUCCGUAACCUAGACCCUCUCCCUCUACUACUCGUCCUCUGCAUCCAUGGAGGUCUUCUUCCUUACGCUCAGCUCCCCCUCCUCCCACCCAGACCUCCACCUCGCCGCGCCGCUCACCAAAAGUGCAAACUGAGAACGUAUUUCCCGCUAGAACCUGGAAAGAUGCACCCGACAUAUUUUUCUCUUUUUUACGAUGUCAUUUGGUGAGUGGUGUGGCACGGUGUCAAAGCCCAUACUCUUGCGUCCCAACUCGCCCGGCCUACUCCUAGAGCCAGCGUGUGUGCCACCUGGUCCCCUCAUUUCGGUAGGAACUUAGGGCCUCGCCACGCCAAUGUCCGAAGUGGAGUUUUUGACAUUUUUUCUUCGCCACACAGGAUGUCGAAGAAAACAUGUCGAAAACACUUCCACAUUUGUCAGAGAAGAGGUUUCAACAUUUUUGUGGAAAACACUUCCACAUUUGUCAGAGAAGCUGUUUCAACAUGUUUGUGGAACAGGCUGGCAGCGGGUCGAGUUUGCAGCGGGUCGAGUUUUAACAUCU